CCGAGACACUCUCUGUGCCCUCAUCCUUCUGCAGUUGCGAUUAUUUUCUUUCGUCCAGAGACAUUUGUUAGUCUUUUGUCGGUUUCCAGAACCUGCCGCUGGGAGUCGUGGGCAUGCGCAGAAGCUGCGACUUGGAGCCUUUUGCAACUUAAGUCCGAGUUGCUGUUUCCGAACCUCCUUUCCAGCGGUCGUAUUUACUUUGGAAAGACAUUUUAUUCAAAGACAGUAGAAAUGGCGGCUGAAGUGCAAAUGGUACUUUAUGAAGAUGAUUCCGUGCAAGUUCAAUAUGUUGAUGGUUCCAGAUUGCAGCUUUCUCCAUGUGGUUCUGAAUUUUUGUUUGAAAAGGCGCCUUCUGCUUCAGCACACCCUUUAGAACAAUCAGGAAGAAUUCAUCAAAGGACGCAUUUUGUUAUUAGCACUUACCGAGAACAACUACAACGAGCCUUGGAGUUUCGAAACUCUUAUGCUACUUGCCCUUUUUUAUCUGAAAGCAUCAUCCCUUCUGAAAGAAAAAAGUGUAUUUUCAUUGACAUCACAGAAGUAAGAUGGCCCAGUCUUAAUACAGACGAUGGCUUGAUAUCUAUGCAGAGUGGCACCGUGACGAUCUCAUCUUUAGAUGGUCAUGCAUAUCUUUGCCUGUCAAAGUCUCAGCAUGAAUUUACAGUGCAUUUUUUAUGCAAAGUAAGCCAGAAGCCAGAAUCAUCUAGAGUACUAUCAGAAAAAAAUAAUCAAGCCCAAAAGGAUAGACUAGUUGAACAAACAGGAAAAAUCUGUACAUAUGGGAAUUUAUCAAGACGGAAACUGAAGAAUAAAGAAAAUAAACUUUGUUGUCAGACUAUGAAGUCCACAGACCCUCUCAAGGAUUGUGUAGAUGCAGCUGAAUGUCAGAAGGAGCUGCCUUCUCCUGGUGUGAAACUCACGUGUCUGUACACGUGGGUAAAGCAGUGCUGGUCUGUUGCUGCCUGCCCAGAGGAAUGGAAGUACCCCUUGUCUUUAGCACUUCAUUUUCAAAACAAAAUCCGCAGUCAGUCUGAAACGGAUACAGAUGUCACCCAGAGGAGUGUUUUAACUUCUGAUGUUUCAGAGGAAAAAGGAAAAGAAAUUUCUGUUCUCCCGAGGGCCCUAUUACUUAGCUGUCCUGCCCCACACCUACACAGGUGGAAUUUCUGUGAUUCACUUUUACAGGAAGAGUCAGAUGAAGAGUAUACCUACCCUGAACUAGUGAAAGUGGUUUGGUAUAAGGGUGUUACAUAUAGACUUACUCAUAAAAAUGUGAAUUCUUUAGAGAUUUAUCCUGGAGAUGGGUCUGUUUUCAAAUCAGAAGGAGCUUAUUUGGGGAACUUUUUUACAUAUUACUAUGGUCAAGAAGGAUCAGAAGAGAAAGAAGAGAAAAUGUAUUCAGUGAAAAACCUUCCUCCAGAUAGACCAGGAAGUCUGUUCUCUGUUAGUUCUCUCAUCAAACAGGCAACUAAAAUUCUUCGACAUUGUGCCAAGAUGAGGCUUUCUUUAAGCCAUAACUAUCGCAUAUGCUGCUGGAAAACGGCACCUGGGAUAAGUGACAGCAUUGUAUUGCCUUUGCUUUUGAAAGAGUCACUCAUUCCUAGUGUGGGAAGAAUUCUUGCAUACUCUGAUGACAAAGUACAUGCUAUGUUUUUAGAUGGCACUACUCUAACCCUAAAUUGGAACUUUGGCUCUUUUACUAAAGAAAAACAGGUAAAUCAAGGUCUCAGUUUAGGUUGGUGUAAGUUAACUUUUCCUGAUGGACACGAUCAGUUAAUUCAGAUUGAACACCCUGGGCCACAUGAAAGAUAUGUGGCAACAGUAAUAACAUGGUGUAGAAGGUUGGCCCAGACUAGUCAGAGAGCUGUGUCUGCACAUCCUUCACCUGUUCAUGAAGAAAACUGGUCUGUAGCUUCUGAACUUGAAAAGAUAAAGAAAUUUAACUUGUUACUGGAGAAUAGUGCUGUCCUAAACCAGAUUUCUAACAAGAAAAAUAAGCCAACUUUUUAUGAUUAUACACCAGAAUCUUCAGAAAUCUUGCUGGAAGAAAAUGAAAAGAAUGUGUCAAUGGCGUUGAAAAAAACCUCUGAUAUCCUUCAGGAUAUUGACUGUCUUCUAUCAAACUCAAAAAAGUGAAAAAUGGAUCACAACGGCUGCUUCUCCUGGACAGGAGCAUAACAAGUGACCUCCAUAACCAUGCCACCGGACUCCGCGCCAGGCUGCUUUCACUUGGGGCGCCCAGAGGGACCAGCCACGGCAGCCAACCU